AAAUUAUAUUCAAAGCAACCCCACGAAAUUCCUUCAAUAUUUCUGACAAACACAAUUUAGAGAAAACGUAUUUUGUUGUUCAUAUUAUUGUCGCAUUCUAGUGUCUUAAAUUUUCACUUUUGGUCAAAAUUCAGUAUGAACUUCAUAAGAGGAAAUUUUCGAAAAAUUCAACAAUCUACCAUUCCAGUUCUUUGCGAACUGUUCAAUUCCCGACAGUAUGUUCGACAAUCACCCGACAUCGGCCGACUAAAGCGUGAAAUUUCGCAGAUUUCGCCGUGCAACAGGAUCUCAAUAAACACCGUGACGCCAACGAGUUUCCUACGAAUUGUCGGUUACUAUCUGCGCUAUUCCUGCAGGUCAAUCGUUAUACGUCUCAAAGAACAUUUACGUAACCAGCGGAACAUGUUCUUCAUGAAACCCCCCACAGAACAACGGAAUGAAAUGCCUGUCGUCGAUAUAGUUCAAAACACGGAAGGCAAGGACGAAGCCGUCCUACUACCUCGAAUAUGUCUGGAUUACUUACUUGCAGCUGCUUUCGGGAUUGGAAUAUUUUUCUUCUUAGCGAACUUUAACAAUAUCAGUGACCUUCUGAAAUUCUCUAUGCGCCUAGAGGAUACUCUGCGUGACAGUCAACUGUACGUUCUUUUGGACCCGAGUCAAAAGGAUAAUUACUGAGAACUGUCCGAUGGAGGACUUUUAGCUUGAUCAAAGCCCGUCAGUGUUGAAAAUAUAAUGUCCCGAAAUGUUAAGUUUUAUUAUCUAGUACGUAUUUAUUUCCUAGCUCUAUUCUCGAUGUCGGAUUAGUUUUUACAAGAUAUCAAGCAAUUGUUAAUAAAGACAUUAUUGCAAUUGCUGAAAA